AUGGCGGCUCUCAAGCGCUCUGCUAGGCUGCAAGGCCAAGCGGGCAAAGGAGCAGCGCGGCAGCAGCGCCGUCCGCGGCAUCGCCGGAGCGCGGCGGGCAGGUCGCCGCCAGCCGCCGCGGGGCUGUCGGAGCCCCAGAAGCAGGCGGCGGCGGCGCCGCUGCCGCCGCUCCGCCCUCCGCCUCGCCCCGCCGACUUCAAGCUCCGCAUCGCCCAGCAGUUUGACGCCAGGGCACCAGGCUACGACGCCGGCAACACCUACCACCCGCCCCAGGCCGCCCGGCUGGUGCAGCUGGCGGCGCUGCAGCCGGGUGAGGAGGUUCUGGAUGUUGGCACCGGCACAGGCCUGGUGGCGCUGGCGGCGGCGCGGCUGGUCGGCAGCAGCGGCAGGGUAACGGGCGUAGACCUCUCUGACGCGAUGAUCCAUAAGGCGGCGGUGAAGGCGCGGGCGCAGGGCCUGACCAACAUGCGCCUCCUUGCUGCCGACAUCGAGGAGUGCGCCUUUGGUGCGGGCCGCUUCCACGCCAUCCUCUGCUCCAACGCCCUCCCCUUCCUGCCCGACAUACCCGCCGCCCUGGCCGAGUGGCGGAGCUGGCUGCGGCCCGGCGGCCGCCUGCUGUUCAACGCGCCCAAGGCGAGCCGCGGGGCUGGAUGUGCAGCAGGGCUGGGCGUGGGCUCCUGUGCCUUUACUGUCUUUGCCCAGGUGGCGGCGGGGCAGGGCCUGCUCCUGCAGGACCCCUGCUCCCUGUUUUCUGAGGAGGGCCAGGUACGGCGGCUGCUGGCGGGCGCCGGCUACAGCGCCGCCGCCAUCUCCGUCACCUCGGAGCUCAACUUGCGGGCGGGGCAGACGCCCGAGCACUGGGCCGCCUCCGGCUGGGCGCUGUGCACCAGCCUGCCGUUUGCCGACGUGGGCGCGGCGGUGGGAGAGGAGGGACUGGACGCCAUGCGGCGGCAGUACCUGGCGGCAGCGGCCGAGGUGGCGGCGGGGCUGGCCACGCCUGAGGGCAUCGCGGAGCCUUACGAGAUGCUGUGGGUGGUGGCGCACGCAUGA